AUGUCCUCUUCAGAAGGUACGAUACACGAGAACGAUAAUUCUUAUCCUUCCGAACAACAUGAUACUUCACGAGACGAACAAGAGUUGUUUGACGCUGUCGAAUCGAACAAUGUAAUUGUCGUCGAGAAUUUGAAACCAGAUAGACUUCGACACUUAUGUCAAGUUCGUCGACGGUUUGUCUCUCAGUGGUCCGCACCAGACCAAGAACUUCAAACAGCUUAUCAACGUGCAUGUCUUCUCGGUCGUAGUGAUAUUGCCAAAUGCAUGUUAAAUGCCGGUGUACCAGUCAAUCAACAGUUUGAAGGUGGUGAUUCAGGAUCGACGAUGCGCGAUGCAUUCCUUUUUGCUUGUCAGUCUAAUUCCAUGCCGACCAUUGAAACUCUAAUAGCGGCUGGUGGAUCGAUCGACAAAUGGGGUUCGUGUUCGAUUCAAUAUGCCAACGAUUUUCUGCCUGGUAUGCGUCAUUUUCCUUCUCCUUCUUUCGAUGGAGUAUCCUUUUCUUGGGAGAAUCUCUACCCAAUUCAUGUGGCUAUUGUCUAUAACAAUACUGAUCUCUUGAAAAAAUUACUCACACCAUGGACAAACCAACUGUUAACAAGAGCGGAUCUUACUCCGUUACAUGUUGCUUGUCUGCUGAAUCGAUCUUUGACUAUGAUCGAUCUGCUACUUUCGUGUGACGAGACCAUUGCGGCACUAACAGCUAAAACAUACCAUGGUCGAUUUCCAGAUGAGCUUGCUACUGAUCAAACACUAAUCGACUAUCUUCGACCGACACGUAUGUCUGCAUAUGCGGAAAUAGAGAAAAAUCGCCAGGUAUAUCAUCAGCAGAAUUUACUUGCCUUUGAAAAUGGUAAGGUUUUUCAAAUUUUCAUUAAAACUUUAACCGGUAAAACGAUAACAAUUGACGUGACGAAGUGCAACACUGUCACAGAUUUGAAAGCCAAAAUUCAAGACAAAGAAGGGAUUCCACCGGAACAGCAACGACUGAUCUAUGGUGGCAAACAAUUGCAAGAUCAUCAGUGGCUGAGUGAUUAUAACAUUACAAAGGAGGCGACUCUUCAUCUAAUCCUUCGUAUGCGUGGCGGUUACCGUUGA